ACAAGAUCCAACAAAACCAGAAGUGCUCUCAAUUCAAUGGCCAGGAAAACGCUCAGCACGAAGGCUUCAGAGGAGCAACAGCCUAUUACCAAAUAGCCCGCAUUUUAGCACAGGUUGGAUUGAGGAAGACAGCCAGUGGAUGACCCAGAUAAACAGACUCCAAAAGCUAAUCGACAGGCUGGAAAAGAAGGACCUAAAGCUUGAGCCAUUUGAAGAGGAAGUUUUGGAAGAAAAUGCAAAAUCUCACAUAAUGAUUGUUCAACGUCGAAUGGCUGUGAGAGAAGAAGAAAUCGAGGAAUUCCGGCUUGCUCUGAAGCAGUAUGUAGAAUCUGCUUCUACUCAGGGUGGCUGCUUGCAUGUUUCCAUACAGAAGCUUCCAAGUGAUUCCCACUUCAUUGUUUAUGAGUUCUGGAAGAACAGCAAUGCCUGGAAUAGCCACCUUCAAAUGAAUUACAGCAAGACAUUCCAAAGAAGUAAUGUGGACUUCUUGGAAACUCCAGAGCUCAUCACAACAAUGCUAGUCCCUGCAUCGUGGUGGGUCCUCAAUAACAACUAGAAGCUGUGGUUCCAAGUAAUGUUAAUGUUGCAUUGUUUUUCAUUAUAGUAACAUUCAUAUAGCAGUGUACAGGUGUGCUGGGUUAUAAAUUUAUGCUGUGAUACUGUUUGUUAUUAUGGAUGUGAUCUUUUCCAUUUUAAAAUAUGGAAAACUGCACAUUAAUUACCUUCUCUUCUUGUGACUAGUUCGGUGAAAUGAUACAUUCUAAAAGCUGAAAUAAGACAACUAUGCUAAACUGUUUAUUGUGUAUAUUCAGUCCAAACUGUCACAGAAAAGUGCAUCUUGACUGGUAUGACUAAGUAUUUGUGAAAAAUUUUAGUCUUAC